UGGUAGUUUUAAUGUAAGGUUUUCAUAUACACAUGCUUAUUAAAGUAUUAUUGUAUUAAAGUGAUGCCAAAAAAGUGUAUUGUGUGUAAAAUAAAACAAAGUGGGAAGUGUGGACGUAGUUUCCAUAAAUUUCCCGAAGACGACAGUAAACGAAAACAAUGGUAUGAAGCCCUAAAUAUCACGACAACCUUGAACUACAACACAGCCUUUGUGUGCAGCGAACACUUUGAUGCUUCGAAUUAUUUAAUUUUCAAUGACGAAAGGCAACGCAAGAAGCUUUCCCCAGAUGCUAUUCCAUUUGACCAAUGUGCAUCUUAA